UCGGUGAGGCCAUUAUAAGAGGCAGCAAGAAGCAAGAAUGCAUAUGCAGCUUUGCUUGCUAGGUGAAAAACCAUAGGGAGACCUGAGCAGGGCAUAGCGGCAAGGCGAUCCACAUAGCUAGGUCUAGCAGAUAGAUAGAGGUAGCUCAUCUCCCCCACUGUUCCUCAGUUGAUCGAAUCCCUAGCUACCUUCACUCUGACUGCCGGUCAUCGUUGUCGAUCGCUGGGGAGAGCGAAAUCGAUCGAGAUCAUCAAGGCCCGGCGGCGAGAAGCAUGGCGGCGCCGAACAGCAGGCAGCAGUGGACGAGCAUGUUCCGGUCAAAGCACGGCAACCAGAUGUGGCAGUCGCAGGCCGACAUGAGCGGCUCGCCCCCCUCCCUCGUCUCCGGCCACUCCUUCAAGUCCUCCUUCUCAGCAGGGCCCGAUCUGGGGAGGAGCACGGAGACGAAGCCGCGUUGGAACCCUCGGCCGGAGCAGAUCCGGAUCCUCGAGGCGCUCUUCAACUCCGGCAUGGUCAACCCGCCGCGCGACGAGAUCCCGCGCAUCCGCAUGCGCCUGCAAGAGUACGGCCAGGUCGGCGACGCCAACGUCUUCUACUGGUUCCAGAACCGCAAGUCCCGCUCCAAGAACAAGCUCCGCAACGCCGCCGCCGCUCGACCCGCACCGGCGCGGUCCUGCGCGCCGGCCCGACACAACCAGGCCGCACCGCCGUAUAUGCCCCCAACCCCUCCCAAGCAGUUCCAGCCGCAGCAACAGAAGCAGCUACUCUUCUCGCCGGUGGCGCCCACGUCUUCCUCCUCUUCCUCUUCCGACCGGUCAUCCGGAUCCAGCAAGCCGGUGAAGCCAGCCGCCACGCAGGCCAUGGACCUGCUCUCGCCGAUCGCCGCGUCGUGCCACCAGCAGAUGCGGCACCAGCUGGGCCUGGACCAGGGCCAGCCUGCGGUGUCGGCUCCGCUCCCGGCUCCUACACCAACGAUGCACGAGCCCGCCCCGGCUGCCGAAGUCGAGCCGAUCUUCCCGCAGUACCCACAACAAGGGAACUGCCUGCCGGCGGGCGAGCUCGCCGCCAUCCUCGGCGCCCAGUACAUGCCCGUGCCCGCUGUGCAGCAGACACUGCCGGCGUCCAUGCUCUCGGGGCUUUACAACGAGCUGUCGCCAGCGCCCACCAGCACGGGCCACAGGAACAGCGGCUGGGCCGGCGGGCGUGGCCAGUACUGGCCCAGCGGCGCUGACGAGCAGCUCGGCCUCGGCAAGCCGUUGAACGCCUCGCUCGUCGCCAAUGAAGAGGCGCACGAGGACUUCACCAAGCUGGGGCUACUGCAAUACGGCUUAGCCGUCACUACGGCGCCGGCCACCUCUUCGGCUGCCGUUUGGCCACUUCCGGCUUCGCCGGAUCCAUCCUCCGUCACCGUUGCGAGUGCGGCUGCUCCAGCAGCUGGGUUGACCAGUUUAUUUGCAGCUACUGAUGCGGUCAGCUACAAUCACUUGCAAGGACCAGGGGGCGAUGUUGGGUUCGAGGGCGCAGCCGGCGCCGGAGCCGGCACGGCGGGAACCGCGGCGAGGGGCGCCGCCGUGGUGUGCUUCGCUGGUACCAGCGCCGCGUGCAGCGUCCCGGCCGCACACCUCGACGUGAAGCUCUACUUCGGCGAAGCGGCCGUCCUGUUCCGCUGCAACGGUGACCGGCCGGAGCCGCUCCUCGUCGACGAGACCGGUCACACUGUCGAGCCGCUCCAGCACGGCGGCGUGUACUACUGCGUGCUGAUAUAGCACUCAAAAUAUAUGACCGCGUUCGUCGUGCUAAUUACGCACUGUAGUACAUAAGGGGUCUAUGUGACCGGCAUUGCUAGAUCAAAAUUAGCUAAGAGUAGUUUCCUAUCUACCCCCUCCGUUCACUAAUAUAAAACGUUUUAGCAAAGCUAAUUUAGUUUGCUAAAUGUUAUAUUAGUGAACCGAGGAAGUAGCACGCGUGGUAUUAUUAGUAUGGACAUCAUCGUCCUAUUGGGAUGGCCAAUGUUUCUCUAUUCUAAACCUUAAUCAAUUAGUAUGAUGAUGGUGUUUGCAGUCGCUAGACAUGAAAGCUUCAGCAUGAAUGUUGAAACAGCACUAGUAACAUAAUAUUGUGAUCCUAAUGUAUUUUCA